GUUCCAGGGUGUUUUACCAACGCGGGAUGCCUGCAGUCACAACUUUCUUUUAUAUGACAUGCAGGAGUAGCAACAAGUUCUGUUUUUAUUUGCUGCGUGGCCAUUUCUUUCCAAAUGGAGGAAAAUAAGCCGAUCGUAGAUUUCCUGCAGCCUUUGGGGCUGGAGACGUAUGUGGGAGAUUUCAAGGCCAGGGGUUUUACCGAAGAUCCGGAUUUCCAGGGUCUAACAGCUGACGAUCUGGACAGUAUGCAGAUCUUAGACGAAGAUCACAGAGGAAGAAUACUGGCCGCAGCCUCUGUGCAUGAAAUAUCCGACGAGCAUAGCGUACUACAGUUUCUGCGGGAACAUGGACUGGAAUAUUAUUUCAGCAAUUUCCUGGCCAGUGAGUACACUGACUUGGAAGCCAUUGAAAGAAUGGACCCUGGACCGGCAACAUUCGACGACCUUGAAAUCACACUACCAUCGCACAAGAACCGGCUCACGAAAGCAGUUCACAAACUAAGAAAAAGACAACGGGUAAGCUUCGUGGAGACAGAAGCGGAGACGGCCAUCGCGUAUGGCUACUGGAGCCGCCCGGCGGCGUUAGAGGGAGCCAUCUGCGACUUUCUGUGUGUGAAGGCCACCAUCAAGUCACCGGACCCGAACGGUCGCAGUGUGGAGAGAGAAUUCUUGGUGGACUCCGGCAGUGACGUUGUGACGAUUAAGUCGGAAAUCCUCGAGCAGCUGAAACUCCCUAAGAAGGGAGACCCUGUCCAGAGUAAAGGUGUGCACGCCACCGUCAAGAAACAACUCCACAGCGGCAUCAUGGUCAUCGGGUCCGAGGAGAUACACGUGGAGGUCAUUUCCCAUGACGGGAUAGAGUCCAUUGGCUGUGUGGUGAUGCAAAAGUUUCGUCAUUUCAUAACGCCAGACCUACACAUCUGGCUGGGGCCCGUGCGGCGCAGUGCACAGUCGCCGGGAAGAGAGGCGACCGCGACCCGAGGAUUUCGUGAGGCGUCUCCGGUGCCGGGCCCUUCUACGAGCUAAGGGCCUGGGACCAAGCUGGAAACAUUCCGUUUUUACACUACGUCUCGAAAUAUACAUUUUAUAACUAUUUUAGAUCAGAAAGGUGUUCUGAUAUUUUCGAAGCCAAUGUAAUACUGGAAGACCCGUACUGAUGAAACAGCAAACUUUUAGAAAAUCAAGUUCCAGGGACCAGUAUUAGAGUGUAGUUGUAUGUCUAGGUCUAUUGUGUGAUAUGUGUUCUGUGGGUGUCAAUCAAUGAUUCAAACAUCCGGAAAACAGGAUAUAGAGCGUCCCACGCACGUGCAAGUGAAAUGUUUACUCCAGAUAAGGUAUCGAUUUGCAACACUUGAUUGAUAGGUAUAUUCCCAAUGCAAUUAAUAUUUCUUCCGGUGGAACAUCUCGAUAAAACACGAAUAUUUGUAUAGUAUGAAACAAUCAAAUUGAGCUGUCUUAGUGCAUGAUGCCAUGAAGUGGGCAGAAAGAAAAAACUAUAUCCCGUUUUCUUGAAUAAGCUGUGUUUGUAACAAAUUGUGAAGUAAACUGGGUUGAGUCGUGUGUUAGACGUAGGGUUACUAGUAUCCACCAAUGACCACCAUGCUUCUUUGUCUUCUUGUGUCCGCUUCUUUGAGACAAUUCAAAGGGUUAUAAAGCAGAAAGUACAAAAUGAAAUUGUAUUGACCUAUACAGCAAAUGCCAAGCUUUUAAUCGUCACAACACAUAUAUUAAGAUUUGAUAAACAUUUUUGUAGGUUUUACAGAUAAUUAGCACACAGAAUUAUAGAUGUUCUGCCCAAUGAUCGUUACGAUAGGUAUGUGGUGUAACUACCUCCACAGUGUCUUUUGUACAAAUACAUUGCAUUCUGCAUUGUUGAAACUAGUAGAUGUAUUGUGGUAGUAAGUCGGUGUUUUAUUGUAUUGUUACACUGCUGCAGGCAGCAGGACGCAGUAGAAAAAUACAAGUUCGUUCAAAGUUUUGUAGUCCAGCUACGCAUCGUGAUAACUGUUGAACUUUUAUCAAUUGCUAGUAGUUAACGAGAAAAAGUUUCUGUGCAUUUUUUGUGCUCACAAAGGCAUCUUGAUCUGAUUUGGUAUUGUUUUUCUCCUGUUUGUCAUAAGUUAUAUUGGAAGAAAACGCUAUGUAGCUCAAUGAUGUUUUGAGUGAUUUUUUUGACUGGAAAUAAAAUUGUA